AUGAAAAAGGGACAUAGUUAUGGAGCUCAGCUCCAAAGUUACUCGGCUUGUUAUGGGAAUACAAACCUAACUUUCAUCAGGGGUUCCUGUUCCACUGGGGAGACUAUAGUAAUGGAAUCAGUCUACGUCUACGCAAAACCUGUUUCCAAAGGUUGUCCAAACAUAAUGACGUUAACAAAUGUACCUUCCUCAUGCUGUGAGUUUGACGAAAACGACUGUGGGAAGAAGUAUGAGGGUGAAAAGCAUCAAGAGUAUUAUAAGAACUGUGAUGGGCAGACAACAUGUAUUACUACGCCUGUUUCGUGGGAAGAAACACCCAACUGCACUGGCAAUACUUUUCUGGACCGGACAAAUUACAUGGUGGCUAAUUUUUAUUGCGUGGCAGAAAACGACAUACAAACCAUCAGUGGAAACUCCAGUACAACAGAUGCUGAAGUAUUUCUUUGGAACACUGGGUACCCGGAUGGAAAUAUGACGAAAUCCUCUUCCUACUCAUGCUCAGUGACCGCUUCCUGUGUAUCGCAACUGCGCAUUCGUGCUCUUAACCUUAUGUUGACCUCUAACGCCGGUGUAUGUAGCCAAUCAUUGACGAUAAAGGAUGGCGGGAAAAGUACAGUCGUUGACUGUGAAUCAAACACUGAUCUGAUACCAGUUUACAUCUACGACAGCGAGUCUUACUAUCUGGAGAUUGAGGCGAAUAACACACUCGGAAAUAACGCAGGAAAAUUCUUUCUAUUGGUUACAGCCAUGAAUCCUUUGGCAAAUCUUACUUUAGCUUGUGGAACUUCCAAAGGAAAAGGUUAUAUACAACAAGCGGACAUUCCGCAGUGUUCGCUAACAACACCAUCACCUACAACACCAUCACCAACAACACCAUCGCCUACAACACCAUCACCAUCAACACCGCCGUCAACACCAAACACAACACCAAAACGCACAAUUUCUGUCACUUCCGCCGGAAAUGGAAAUACACCCACAGGAGGUGAAGAGCAAGGCACAUCAUAUACCUGGAUCAUCAUCGUUGUCAUCAUCGUCUUUAUCUUACUGAUCAUUAUCCUGAUCCUUCUGUUCCACCGAGACAAAAUCAAAGAAUGUUGCUGUAAAGACAAGACACAAGAAUCAGACGAAAAGUCGUUGAGCUCACAGUUUGAGAGUCCCAUCUUGGCCGGAUUCAUUCCUACAGGUACCCAGACAGCCCCACGGUCUACAUUCAAGCCAAACAACGUUGCACCCGAGCCGUUAGGAAUAAAUCCGCGAAAUAAACUACCGCCUAUCGCGCUUAUUCGCGCCGGAGGUGCAUUCAAUGAAGAGGACAAACAUAAGGACGGAGGCGAGGAAGAUGAAAAUAUCAAUGGCGUCCCCUUGCAACCGAAACGUCUGCCUCCUCUUGCAUUGUUUCGGGCACAGAAGGCUUUCCAGGAUAAUUUGGAAAAAGUGAAAAGGAGGAAAAAAAGAUUACGGAGAAAGAAGGAAGCUUUGAAGAGGAGAGAAUCGGAGAUACAAGAGAAAGAAGCUGUUAUAGGUCAAACUCUCCAAAAUAUCAAAGCGAAGGAGAGGACGUUGGAGAAAAGACUUAGUGGGCUUGCAAUUGGCCCUAGUAUGUAUGCAAACGUACCUCAGCAAAGUGAGAACCCUGCUCCCCCUCAGCCUUUACAGCGAUGGUCUUCAAUCCUCCCUUCUCCGUCCAGGAACAUCAGAACCUUAAGUGCAUUGACAAACGUUGUGACAGCCUUCCGGCCCCGGCCAUCGGAAUCAGUGUGCAUUGAUGUGACGAAUGCCGACGAUGGUAAAUUGGUGAGCAGCCAUAUUAAUGAGGACACGUGCUGAAGAUGUUUCUGCAGUGAGCGAUGCAUAUUUUUGGUGCGCUUUUGUGGGUUUAAAUAAGAGACAACGUAUUGUUUUGUGUUUCUCGUCGAUUGAAAACUAACUAAAACUGGGACAAUGUAUCAAUGUUAACUUCAGGGCUUCCAGUAUACCCUUGAAAGUUUGCUUGGACUCUCCCAAAAUGGGAUCCGACUCUUGGGUUUGAAGAAACAUCAGUUUGACAAAGGUUUUGACCAUUCAGAUCUCUGAGAAAUAGUGAUUUGACUUAUGGAGUGGCUAAAAUUCAAGGGUCAACUGCAUGGAGGCCCCGAACAUUAUGUAUCUUAUUUUUAAGGAAUUAAAAAGAACCGUUUUGGAAUGAAAUCGGAGGUCCCGGAGAAAACCCAUGGAGUCGGAAAGGUUACACUUUACUUAAAAAGUCCGUUAAGAAAUUGGACUUCAUCUACUUGUGUUACUGGUUGUGUCAUCCAGAAAAUGGAAAUCGUUCAAAAUUAGAAGUACCCGGGGAAACAUUUGUCAUAAAGUUAGGAACUACCAAACGACGGCCACAGCUUGCCAUCUCGAAAGGGGUUUUAAGACGGUCGCUCAAAAUGGGUUUUGAGACAGUCGUAACAGCGACUAGGUACUGAAGGGAGCUAUAUUUACUAUAUUAUGUGUCUUACGGUAGUAUGACAUGACAUGACAGACCAGGCUAAUUUAAUAGUAUUAUCAUGCGUGUCUUACGGUAGAAUGACAUGACAUUAUGACAUGAUAGACCAGGCUAAUUUAAUAGUGUCAUUAUACGUGUCUUACGGUAGUAUGACAUGACAUUAUGACAUGAUAGACCAGGCUAAUUAAAUAGUGUCAUUAUACGUGUCUUACGGUAGUAUGA